UCAUUUUAUGCCUUCGACUAACAAGUUCGCCGAGUCAUUCGUGAUUUUAAAAUUUUUCCAGUAAAGUGUUGUAGCUCAUCUUUUUGCAGUAUUCGUAUAUAAUUUUUGGCGUUAAUUUUUUUUUCAAAUCAAUGUUCGUUUGUUUUUUUGUUUUUUAAUUCUCGUAUUCAUUUAAAUACGUAGACUCUUAUAAUUUUUCCGUCAAUUUUUUUUCAAUUUACUGUGCGUUUGUUUUUUGUUCUUCAAUUUUUUGAACUCAUAGAAUUUUUCUUCGUAAAACUGAACGUUUGUUUUUUUCUUAUUUCUCACGUGAUCUCAUAUCCAGUAUUCAGAAUGCCAGGUAAUCUCCCGAUUAGAAGGCCCUCACUGCGCAGAAAAUGCAAAAAUACCAGUAAAAUGGCACGCAAUCUAUUGAAAUUGGAUAAUGAUAUAUCCAAUAAAGCGGUCUCCCUGGCAGCUUCAAUGAAAAAGCUUCGCGAAUCUCGACAGAUCCUCCUACAAUACCUCAAAGUAACGAUGAAGCAAGAGAAUAAGUUGCGAGAGCGAACUGAAGAGAUGAAAAUCGCCAAGGAUAAUCUAGAAGAAAUUGCCGAUGGAAUACGAUCUCACCAAAAACAAUUCGAUGACAAAGAUGAAGUGAUGCUCAAUGUGGCAGCAACGAUGGCAUCGGAUGAAGCUUCGAUAGCUGGAAGGCAAAUCGUUCACAUCCAAAGAGAGCUAGACCUGAUGUCGCCAAUUGUGAAGGAAACUCGAGAAGACCCACGUGGUAGGAUUCGGUGUUACGAUCAGGUACUCAUACCCACCAUAACCAUCAACCGGAUGAGUCACUCCAGUCUUCCAACAACAACAGAGGAUACAAAUUGCAUGAUUUGUUUGCGGAGAGAGGCGGACUGCACUAUUGUUGACUGCGGGCAUAAAUGCAUGUGCCAAGAAUGCAAGUCGGAGUACUUGGCCGGGUUUGAAAAUUGUCCGAUCUGCCGUGCUGAGAUCACCGACAUAAUUGUACCGGCGCCUAUUUGAAUAGGACUCAGGACUUUCGGGCGAAUCGACAAAUCACGGUGUUUUAUCAGCUAGCCCAUCCAGUGAAGGUUGAAAAAAAUACAACAAGGUAUCCUUAAGUUUUGGCGAAAAUUGCGCAUAGGUAUCAAAAUUAGGGUGAAAUUUGUUUCACAAAUUUUUCAACUACUUUUUCGUCAUUUUCUAUAUUUUUUUUUCGUACGUACAGUGUUAAUAUUUCUCAUGAUUUUAUUAGAGUGAUUUUUACUGGUGUUUCAACUUCAAAAUCGAUUUUUCUUUUUUUUUCUUAUCAAUUUUGUAAGGUGUGCUGUUUUUUAUAAUGUUUCAAACUAUUUUUUUUUUGCAUUUUUUAAAUUGUUUGAGUAUACUUUUUAAGGAUAUUUUUAUAUCAUUUUAAAUAUUAUGUUUUUUAAAAAAAAUUAUUAUCGCGGUGUUUUUUCAAUCUAGUUGUGCUGUUUUAUAAUAUUUUUACUCGACUCGAGAAGUUAUAUUUUUAAAUGUUUUUUUGUUGUAAUUUUUAAUUUUUAGGAUAGUUUUUAGGACUUUUUUUACCCUAUUUUACACAAUUUUUUCAAUUUAAAAAUUGUUCAAAUGAAUUCACAUCGUAAUUCAAUUAUUAUAUUGAUGAACAUUCAAAAUAAAAAACGUUAAUGUUUUUACUUGUGUCUUGAUCAUUUCAAAACCGU